CAAGAGGACUCUCUUUAUUUUCUUUAUUGUCACGUCCAUAGAGAAAUAACAACAAACCUUGUCACGUCACCACAGUCACCAACCAAGACAGAAAAUUAUAUGCUGUGGCUGUGACGGAAGAAAAAAAAAAGAAAAAGAAGUGAGAAAUUUGUAAGAAUGAAUAGGUUAUGUUGUAAUGUUUUGGUGCUUAAUUUAAUCUUAAUGAUAAUAAGAUUAAUAGUUGGGAGAUAUGUAUUCUUUGGUUAUAAUUAUUGAAUUUUAAGUAAAUUUCAAUGAGUGCUGCGAAUAUUGUACAGUACGUUAUAGUACGAGGUGAUCUCCUCAAAGCCCUAGAAUGGCCUGUCGGAGCAGUGAUAGCACAAGCUUGUCAUGCCGUUACAGCUGUUACACAUCUCUUUUACGAAGAUGAAUACACCCAGCAAUAUCUUAAAGAUUUAGAUAAUAUGCACAAAGUUGUUUUGGAAGCCCUAGAUGAGAAAAGUUUAGUUAAUCUUAAAGAGAAACUGGAAGAAAAUAGUGUUAAGCACAAGAUGUGGAUAGAGCAACCAGAGAAUAUACCCACAUGUUUAGUUGUUAAACCUUAUCCCAAGGAGGAAAUUCAGAAAUAUUUCAAAAAGUUUAAAUUAUUCAAAACGUGAUUAUUAAUGUUUAACAAUAAAUAUGACAUUCGUU